AUGUUGCCUCCCGUGCCAAACCCUACCGAGUUUGGAAUCACCUCCGACUAUGGUUUCCUCUCCCCAGAACUUCCCUUGGAGAUUCUCCCAGACCCUUACUAUGCUAAAUGGGAGAUGAUCAUUGGGAAUCUCCAUCCAUUGAUAUUGAGCAAACGUUUACACUCCAUAGUGGAUCAUCUCCCUAGACUUUCUGUCACACACCUACAGACAGAGGCAGAGUGGCGUCGUGCAUAUGUCAUACUGGUCUUCAUACUACAUGGCUAUGUCUGGGGUGGCGAUUCACCCACAGAGAGGAUUCCACCUCAACUUACAGUGCCCUUGUUCCAAGUCUGUGAACGACUCGAAUUACCUCCCGUUGCAACAUAUGCUGGAGUCUGUUUGUGGAAUUACAAGCCGAUCUUCCCCGACGAGCCAGUCACCCACCUGGAAAACCUAGCUUGUCUACAAACCUUCACUGGAUCUCUUGAUGAACAAUGGUUCUACCUGGUUUCGGUGGCCAUAGAAGCACGUGGUGCCCCCUCUAUCCCUCUUAUGCUGAGGGCCAUCGCGGCGGCUCGCACAGGAAACACCAACACUGUAACCGAGUGCCUUCAGCGACUAGCGGAAAGCAUCGAUGGAACCAACACACUGCUGCAGAGGAUGUAUGAAAAUUGCGAUCCAUACGUCUUUUACAACCGCAUACGCCCUUACCUAGCUGGAAGUAAAAACAUGUGUGAUGCUGGAUUGCCAAAUGGACUAUUGUACGACGAUGGCCAUAAUCCCGAAUACCGACAGUAUGGAGGGGGCAGCAACGCCCAAAGCUCACUCAUUCAAUUCUUCGACAUUGUCCUCGGAGUAGAACACCGACCAACCGGGACAAGUCGCAACGACAAGGAGAAAAACACUGACGAUAGCACCAAAUCACGAAAUAGCUUCAUUCACGACAUGCGCACCUACAUGCCUGGCCCACACCGACGAUUCCUUGAGCAUGUUGACUCGGUAGCCAACAUCCGCUCCUUCGUCGAGGCGCGACGCGGAGACUCAGCGCUGUGUAUUGCCUAUGACGCAUGUCUAGCCAUGCUGCGCGUUCUCCGCGACAAGCAUAUUACCAUCGUCUCACGCUAUAUCAUCCUGCAGUCCCGCAGUGCACGUCAGCCUUCUCAAUCUGUCAUCCCAAGCCUCCCAGUAACGAACCUUGCAACCGCAGCUCCCACCGACAAGAAAAAGUUGCGUGGGACCGGUGGCACGGCACUCAUUCCCUUCCUGAAACAAGCUCGAGAUGAGACUGGGGAGCCUGCCAUUGAUGCUUGGGCACGACGUUUGCUGAGCAACGGCCCCACAGGCAAGAACUUUGCUUCAUUGAGCAAGGUUGGCGAACAACCAGAUGGUCAUCUUGAGGUUGUCGGUCUCUGUGGCACAUGGACAGCCGAGGACAAUGAAGGUGGGAUCUGUCACUGGUAG